AUGUCGAAUCAAACAGUUUACUUCGUGACGGGGACGACACAGGGCAUAGGGUACGAGUUCGUGCGCCAACUACGAGACCGGCCUGGCGCGAUCGUCUUCGCGACAUCGCGCAAUCCGGAAUCGACCAAGUUGAAGGCCCUGACCGAUAAAGGGAACGUGCAUCUCGUGCGGAUCACCAAGCAGCCCGAGGCCGUGGACGAGGCGCUCCAGGCCGCGGAGCUGGUCAGGAAAGUGGCGGGCAAGGUGGACGUCGUGAUUGCCAACGCUGGCAUCAUCGGGCACGAAACAAGCAUUGCCGACUCGCCCCUGUCGGAAUACCAGGCCUUCCUCGACGUCAACCUGCUGAAUAAUAUUGCCGUCUUCAAGGCGCUGCGCCCGCUGAUGCUCGAGGCCGUCGCCCAGGGCGGCACGCCCAAGUUCGUCGCCAUCAGCACGCAGUACGGCUCGUUGGCCAUGGUGGAGGACCUGCCGGGCCAGUCGUCCGCGUACGCCAUCUCCAAGGCCGCGCUGAACAUGUUCCUCCGGCACGUCGCGUACGAGGAGCGCAAGAACGGCAUCGUGGCUUUUCCCAUCCAUCCCGGUGUCGUGGCCACCGAGACGGUCGAGCCGUUGGCCAAGAGGAUCGGCCUGGGCACCAUCCCGCCGGCGGAGAGCAUCGAGGGGAUGAUGAGGAUUGUGGAUCGCGCCAAGGUCGAAGAUGAGGUCCGUUUGUGGCGGUAUGAUGGCGUGGUGUUGCCUUGGUGA